GAAGUUUGAUAUCCAACGUAGACGGAAAUUCAAGCUCUCGCUUAAAAGCAUUAAUUUAAUUCUCUCAAGUUUUUGUCAAGUUAAACUACAUUAAAACCAAUCAAAAUGCGUGAAUGUAUCUCAGUUCAUGUUGGUCAAGCCGGUGUUCAAAUCGGUAAUGCCUGUUGGGAAUUGUACUGCCUCGAACAUGGAAUUCAGCCAGAUGGUCAAAUGCCAUCAGACAAGACAAUUGGAGGUGGAGAUGAUUCAUUCAAUACCUUCUUCUCAGAAACUGGAGCUGGAAAGCAUGUUCCACGUGCUGUAUUCGUUGAUUUGGAACCAACUGUCGUCGAUGAAGUCCGAACUGGAACAUAUCGUCAACUUUUCCAUCCAGAACAAUUGAUUACUGGCAAGGAAGAUGCAGCCAAUAACUACGCUCGUGGUCACUACACUAUUGGAAAGGAAAUUGUCGAUUUAGUCUUGGAUCGUAUCCGUAAAUUGGCUGAUCAAUGUACCGGAUUACAAGGUUUCUUGAUCUUCCACUCAUUCGGUGGAGGUACUGGAUCUGGAUUCACAUCAUUGUUGAUGGAACGUCUCUCAGUCGAUUAUGGAAAGAAAUCAAAAUUGGAAUUCGCUAUCUAUCCAGCACCACAAGUCUCAACAGCUGUUGUCGAACCAUACAAUUCAAUCUUGACAACACAUACAACAUUAGAACACUCUGAUUGUGCAUUCAUGGUCGAUAAUGAGGCAAUAUAUGAUAUCUGUCGUCGUAAUUUGGACAUUGAACGCCCAACAUACACAAACUUGAAUCGUUUGAUUGGUCAAAUUGUCUCAUCCAUUACUGCAUCACUUCGUUUUGAUGGUGCCUUAAAUGUCGAUUUAACUGAAUUCCAAACCAAUUUGGUUCCAUAUCCACGUAUUCAUUUCCCAUUGGUCACAUACGCUCCAGUCAUCUCAGCUGAAAAGGCUUAUCACGAACAAUUGAGCGUUGCUGAAAUCACCAAUGCAUGUUUCGAACCAGCAAAUCAAAUGGUUAAAUGCGAUCCACGUCACGGAAAAUACAUGGCUUGUUGUAUGUUGUAUCGUGGUGAUGUCGUUCCAAAAGACGUUAAUGCUGCUAUUGCAACAAUUAAAACAAAGAGAACUAUCCAAUUCGUCGAUUGGUGCCCAACUGGAUUCAAAGUUGGUAUCAAUUAUCAACCACCAACUGUCGUUCCAGGUGGUGAUUUGGCUAAAGUACAACGUGCAGUCUGUAUGUUGUCAAAUACAACAGCUAUUGCUGAAGCAUGGGCUCGUUUGGAUCAUAAGUUUGACUUGAUGUAUGCCAAGCGUGCAUUCGUUCACUGGUAUGUCGGUGAAGGUAUGGAAGAAGGUGAAUUCUCAGAAGCCCGUGAAGAUUUGGCUGCUUUAGAGAAGGAUUACGAGGAAGUUGGUAUGGAUUCUGGCGAGGGUGAAGGUGAAGGAGCUGAAGAAUAUUAAACAACAACUUCAAGACAAGACGAAAAUUCAUGCUGCAUUUAUUUUCUGCUUACAACAACAAUCUAAAAGAAAGCUUUCGACGAUAAUAUAUUGUAAUAAUUUAUUAUUUGCAUAUUCAACUUUAUUUUGAGACACAAAAUUCAACUGAAAAAAAAAGAAAAUAAACAGUAAAACAUUUAAUGAAGAAACGCUUGAACAAAAGCAUGAAUUGAAACGAAAA